AUGCAAAUCGUUUGGGUGCUGGAGCAACCCAGACGAUCAUUCUUUGAAGUGUUCCCUCGCUUUCGCCAAAUCUUUCGUGCCAUGCGUGUCUUCAGCUUAGACACUCGUGAAAUUCAUGAUGUGUUUUCUGAAGACAUAUUUUUUAACACACUCCAAAGAUACCUGGCCCCCCUUCUGUCUAAGGUCCAUUAUGUGGAUUGGUGGAUGAUUCACUAUGGAUCUUGCACGCCCAAACGUCACAGAGGCUACAGCAACAGCAGCAAGAUUUGUGAAUUGGAUCGUGGAACUUUGAAGGGCUGGAAACGGAACGAGAAGACUGCCUCUACCAAAAGGACCACGGAUGCCAAAGGAAGGGCUCGCUGGCAUGGAAAUCACAAUCUCAAGGGCACAGGGCACGGGGCUGAGUCACUGAGUCACACUGCAGGGGGGCAUUGCUGUAGAUGUGAUGUCUUUAGCAUGAGUGGCCUGAUUGCAUCUAAGAACUUACCCAAAAGCAUUUGGGGCAAAGAUUGCUUCGAUGAUCGAAUAUUUACAUGCUGGCAAGACAGCUUGCCCGGAGAUUUGCGACGCCAGUGUGAUGGAGAUUUUCAGCUCCACUGA